UCAACUGGAAUGGGUAGAAAAAAGAGUCAAUUUUUAUCCUGAGUGCUUUCAUUUGUUCGUGUUUUUGCCACGACGUGGCUAUAUGUCUGUAACUUCUAACGGGUAGCAAUUUUAGCCUCAAUUUUGUGUUUUGUUAAGUCGAUUUGAUUAAGUUGAUAUCAUUUUGUACGUUGUGUCCACCAAAUAAUAGUCUUAGGUCAUUUGGUGAUUUCAAAUUGAAGUUAUCUCGAGAACUGGCUUCUGGCGUCGCGCAUUUAAACAGCUAAUGUCUCAGCUCGGAUUCCUCUGAAUCGAAUAUCGUUUUGGAUGUGUUUGUGUCUCUGGUUUUCCCUCGUUUUAAAAAUCUGCUCUAAAAAUUACAAUAAGACAGUAAUAAUACAAUUUAUAAUGUUUUCCUUCAUCUCUUUAGUUCUAUUGCUUGAAAGACUCGCAGACAAGUUGGAAUUCCUAUUUGAUGACGAUGUAGAUCAAGUUUAAUGUACCAAAGCAAAGGGUCAUAAAGCAUUGAAGUUGACCCUAGACCGUUUAAUUGUUACUGGUUGUCCCCCUGAAAAUUCUUCCAGAGCUAUUCAGGUGUCGAUUUAGCUUCGCACGCUUUGAUCUCUGACAUGGGGAAGAGAAGAACUGGCACCACUCUCUAGCCGCACAAUACUCCUCUAUUUCUUUUUCAUCCUCAAUUCGUCAAGGGGAAGUAGAAUGAGACAAAUUUGCGUGGCACUAGCCAUAGUGGAAGCAGCCAAUAUCAGCCAUCAAACUGUAAUUAUGCGCUAGCUAAAAUAAGAUUUGUUCAGCUCGAAUUGGAUCUGAAUGUCUCGCAUGACUGACUUAUUCUACUGAACAGUAUAAUGCUUAAUAGGCAAUAAAAUGAACCUGAAAAUCCACGGUCUCUGAACUGGGUGACAUGCUCCAAAGAGCACAAAUUAGAAGCCGUCACUUUGAUUGGUUGAAUCAAAAGUAAAACCACGUCAAUUCGUUUCUAAUUCUCAACAUGGCAGUGCUUAGUUAUGUGUAUUUGUGUGUUGUUGGUAUUUGACGGAAAUCCAAUGGGUAGUGCUCAGAACUUCAAACUGAAUAAUCAUCAUCCGGCUCACAAGAAGGGUGGUGGCAGUGAGUACGGGUUCCUACCCAGAGUGAUUCCAGACAAGCACAGCCGACAACUACAACUGAAAUCGAACUGGGAUGUGGUGGAGAAGCUGGCGGAUGGUACAACGAACACGUUAAGUCCCCCUCAGAAGAGCGAACUGACUACCUCUUAUAACAUCUUGCCCAAACAGCCAUUGGAUGGAGUAACAGAGGAGGGCAGACGCAGUUUUGACGCACAAAGCAUGCGUCUACUCAGUAUGAAACACGACAUGAACAAAAGCUCAUCCAAUUAUGUGUUCAACGCCAACAAUAUGGUGUCUUCUUUUAUUCGUCAUCAGCAGACUGGCCAGUUGCAGCCAUUGAGGAGAGGAACGAGGGCGACUCAGGUAAACGGCUUCGACCUCAGCUCUAACCACAAGUUAAACAUGAACAGCAAAAGGCACUCUUUGGAAAACCCCUUUCAGUAUCCGGUAUCCUUUCCCCCAGUUUCAAGUCAGCGUCAAGAAUGGGCGCACAGAUUCGGCGUAGAUAUGAGCGGAGCGUCGGAAAAAUUGCAGGUUGUUCCGAGGCCGAAGAAAGUGAACUAUCAGCAGAUCAUGCGUGAACAGCGUGAGAAUCGUGCGAGGCUGAGACGGCAAGCUCAGAUCAAACUCAAGUGGAAGGGAGCUUACGAACGGAUUGUGCAAGAUAGAAGAACGAGACGGGAAAGAGUGUAUACUAUGUUCGAUAAGUGUUGUCAAGAUCUGUUGAAGAAGCAUUACUCCAGGAAGGACAGAAGACUGUCGGAACAGUAUGGGGUGUUGAUGGCGGAGAUGAACAAGGUGCUGCAUAGUGACUGGCAGGCGCAGAGAGAAAAGGUGGACAUGGGCUCAGUGCUUAAAUCCAUAGACCGCAAACACAAGGCUCAACAACACCAGGAGAUGAUACGCACUGUGAAAGAGAUGGAAGCUAAAGACGCUGAGAAGGAGGCGGCCUCUAAGGCAGAGUACGACGAGAUGCUUGCAUCCAAGACCAAACAGAAAAAUAUCGACAUCAUGAUCGACAAGUACCUGCAGACGAGGAGGAAUUCCUUCACGGCAGGGAACAUCGCUGCCAGCAUACAGGAACUCUCGGAGAGAAACCUCAAGAGUCUCAGCCUUAAUAAAAAAAUAAACACCGACGACUUAUGAACAACUGUGUUCAUUUGAAAGCUUUUGUUUUGAGAUUGGGUGCUUCAUCAGAUUUCUAUAUUUUGCUGUUCAUCGUUUAGAUUUUAAUAUAUCUUUUUACAGUCUGGCAAAUAAAACGAUUAUAUGGAGAUGGA